AUGAUGAAAAUGCUCUAUAUUUUUCUUCUUCUUUUAUUUUUCUUUGAAAUUGGUGAAAGUGUUAACGUUCGAAAAUGGGUCAAAUUUUUGGACAAAGAAGCGCCAACUUCAAUCACAAAAAUGCCAAAUUAUAAUGAUCAAAGUUUGGGAUAUGAAAGAACUAGAAAAUUCAAUCCAUGUGAACAAAAUCCGAAUAUUUGCUCGAAUAAUGGAAAAUGUUUUUCACAAGACGGAAAGUUGGUUUUCUUUUUAUAUUUAUAUUUAUAUUUAUUAUUACUAUUCCAUGCUUCUCUGAAUGUAUCUAUGCUUUUCAGCUUUUAUUGCAUUUGCCCCAAGACACAUUAUGGAAAAACAUGUGAAAAUAUUGCCGAUCAAACUCAUUGCCAAAACAAUCAAUGUACAAAUAAUUCAACUUGCCAAAGGUAAAUUUUUGCAACAAGCAAAAAUGUGGUGAGAUGGCCGAGCGGUCUAAGGCGCUGGUUUAAGGCACCAGUCCCUUCGGGGGCGUGGGUUCGAAUCCCACUCUCAUCAGCUUUUUUUUUAUUUUUUACAACUUUUAAAAAACAUGUUCAGUAUUCCGGUCCCGCACAAAACAAUAAACACUGCUCUUUUGGAGCGUAUUGCAUCAGAAAGGAAAUUUGGAAUGAAUGAUGAUGACUUGGCUGCAACAGAAAUUGAGAUAAGCUAUCAAUGUAUGUGUAUUCCUGGAUAUUUUGGGGUUUUUUGCGAGAAAACCGAAGCUGUCAGAAAGUGUGAGGAAGAAUAUUGUCUUGGAAGAGGAAGAGCAAAAGUUGUGGAAGGAAAAUGUAAAUGUAUUUGUGAUAAACAAUUUUUAGGGCAUAGAGUGAGUUUUUUUCAGAAUUAAUUGGUAGAAAUAAUGCAAAUUGUUUCAGUGUGAGCAAAUUUCGCCUUGUUUUGAAAUGCAGUGUUUGAAUGGUGGAAAAUGCGUGGAUAAAGUUGACAUGAAGGUAAAAACUGAAAAAUCUUAUGUAAUGGCGAUAUUCAAGUUUUUUCUCAAUACCUUGAGAAAACGGGAAAAAAUGCUGAGAAAUGCGGAGAAAAUACAUUUUCUCAACCGUUUUCCUAUUUUCUUAGCCUUCCUGAAUAAAUUUUCUCAACCGUUUUCAGCGUUAAGAAAAUGACUUGAAUAGUCCCAUAAGAAAUCAGAUCAUUUCAAAUUACAGAAAGAAACAAUAACAUCAUAUUGUAAAUGUCCAAAAAAAGUUGCGAAUCUUGGAGUUAAAAUAAGUGGUGAAAGAUGUGAAAUAAUAACUAUCCCGGAGAGAACACCUGACGAGGCUAUUCCUUGUAAAAUUGGAAAAGCUUAUGAUUUUUUGGUAAACCUCAUAAAUGCAGCGUGAGUUGUAGAUAUUAUAAAGAAUAUAAUUGUGCCGAGUACUGUAAGUGUUUUCAGAAGCAUGGGAAAUAAAAAAGAAAUCAAGAGUGAAUUGGAAAAAAUCGAACAAGAUUAUGAUAAUGGAAAGAGUUAUGAGAAAUUUGUUGUAAAUGGUUGGUGUGAAGGAGAUGCAAAAUGUGUUCCUGAAGUAUAUCAAAUUGUUGACGAAUAUUAUUAUUUAUUUCGAUGUGAAUGCUCGGAUUUGGCAGAGGGAAGAUAUUGUGAGGUUAGUUUAUAAAUUUUGAAAAAAUAGUUUUUUAAAAUCAAUAUUUAUAUUAUCCUAGUUUGAACGAGAAACUUUGUGUUCUCCAACACGUGAAGAAUUGGCAAGAGGAAUGCGAUAUGAUGAAAAAUGCACAAGUAGUGAAAAUGGACAAUGUAUUAUUUUAUAUGAUAAACCACAUUGUGUGUAAGUUUAGCGGUAUAUAUUUCUUUUUUGAAAAAUUUAAGAAUGGUUUUUUUCUAAAGAUGUAAUCCCGAUUAUGUUGGUGAUAGUUGUUCACAAUUUGAUCCUUGUGCAAGACAUCCUUGCAAACAUGGAACUUGUGUUCCGGUUAGUUUAGCUACAUUUUCCAAACGUUUACCAAAAUUUUUCAAUUAAUAGAUAGUUGAUUCAACGAGCGCUGUCAGUUAUCAAUGUAUCUGUCCACUUUCUUCUACUUUGGUGGACGGGAAAAAUUGUAUUGAAGAUAAACCUGAAGGAAUUUGUAAACCAGGAAUGUGUGGAAAAGGGAAAUGCAUGACUUGUGGAAUUCAUAAUGAAAAUGAUAUAAUGCCGUUAUGUAAUGAUGCUGAAGAGAAAAGAGGUUUCAGGUACAAUUGUUUUUCAGAAACUUGUUUUGAAAUAUUUUUUUGAAGAUGUGUUUGUGAAGCUGGAUAUGUUCAACCUUUUUGCAAAGUUCAUUCAAAUCCAUGUUAUCAAAAUAUGUGUAAAAAUGGAGGAAUUUGUGUUAUAAAAGAAGGGAAAACUUACGAGUAAGUUCUACUUUUCAAACAAAAAAAAGUUCAAAUAUUUAGUUGCGAUUGUUUGCCUGGUACAUCUGGGACAUUAUGUGAAUAUGUAGAAGAUAUUUGUAGUGCAUAUGGUAAGUUUUAUUCAUUUUCCUAUAGCGAUAGCGAUUUUUUAUAUCAGGUCAUCAAAUUUGUGUGAAUGGGGAUUGUGUAAAUGAUGAAUAUUAUCGUCGUGGAUUUGCAUGUUCAUGUUAUGAUGGAUAUAUCGGAAUAAAUUGUGAAGGAAAAAUCGAUAUACUUUCAGAAACUUGGAUUAGAAUAUCGGUCAGUUAUUUUUAUAAAACAUUUUUGCUAUCAAAUAAAACUUUAAUUUUCAGAAAUACUAUCAGAUUUCGUUUCCUCUUAUUGCAUGUUUCCUUACUCUCGUCAUUAUUUCUAUUCUACUCAGAAAGUGUCCUGACAGCCGUCGGCGAGAAAAUCUCGCCAGCUAG